AUGCAAGUAAACGCAAUGAAAUUCAUUGCGAGAUGUAUUCAUCGGAUCCGCUGCACUUCCGAGAAUAUUUUCCCAUUGUCUGCUCAGACUGUCAGAUGGAAUUGCCCUGUGAAAUCAGAAGUAAUUCCUGUCCUGGGACAGACACAGCACCAGACUUCUCAUGGACCAGGAGUUGUUCUGGGGAGUUUCUACUUCUGGAAUAUAUUUAAGAAGAAAGACGAUAAGGAGGAAACACCCGAAGACAAGCUGAUAAUGACGAUAAAGCGAUCGAUUUUGAGUAUUCAACGUGGCGAGUAUAACAAGGCUGAGCAGAUGCUUCAUCUGGCUCUGAGAAUGGCACAGGAAUUGCAACAUAAGGAUGGUAUCACCUACAUUUACGACGUGAUGGCAAACCUAGCCUUGGAGAAGGGUGACUUUGAGAAGGCAGAGAAGCUGUUCGUCAACGUAAUGCAGAGACUCUUUGGGGAAGGCUUCAAAGAGAGCCACAUUAAGAUGCUUCACAUCAGCUCCAAGAUAGCCCACAUGGCGGGACUCCAAGGAAACUUCGAGAAGGCAAAGCAGGGCUUCGAGUGGACACUGCAGAAGCUGGAGGAGAAGCUGAAGAUACGGGAAAUUGAGGAGGAACUUAAGGAUGUGCGAGAACUCUGGGGAAUGACCAAGAAUUGGUACGGACAGACACUCUUGGAACUGAACAAGGUUGAGGAGGCGAAGCAGUGCUUCUUGGCAGCAUGGGAAGUAUUUAAUGAGUUUCAUGAUCAGCUCAAUGAAGACGCUUUGAUGCUUCUCAACAAUCUGGGUGUCGUGUGUAUGCGACUAGGAGAGACUUCAGCCGCUGAAGACUAUCUCCGGAAAGCCAUCACAGUGUCCAAAGAGAUUCCCGAUUUUGUGGAGGUAAACGUCUUUAGAGCGAACCUGGGUCUUGUGUACCUUCAGCAGGGCCUCCUCCAGAGAGCCACCGACAUUUGCAGCCUCUCGUGGCGCCUCAGCAAGAAAGCCGAGAACGACAGGGCCUUAGAACAGGCUGAAUACUGCUUAGACCAGAUCAAAAAGCUGACAUCAAGCAGCAAAGGGUGAAGAAGCAAUUAAAAAAGAAAAAGAAUUUAUUACAAUUGUUUGUCUCAACUCAAAUGCUGGCUUUUAGUGCACUUCCCAGCAAUAAAAUUGUUCACCCACAA